AUGUCUGGCAUCACUGGGUGGGCAUACCACGCUCCUGGCAACAGCAUAAAUGCGUACGACGUCUUGGUGGAAGGUAUUGGCGCCUUCUCAUGUACGCGCACAAAGGGUGUGGUACAAAUUACGAUUGAAUCAACACAUUCUGACUUCGCAAUGGCGAUUGAAGCAUUAGUUAUCACGUCGAUUACCUCGGUCAUUCCGGCAGCGCAGAUCGAUGUGAAACGUUAUAAACAUUUGGCUGGUCUGCACAUGGCAGAUCCAAAUCUUGGUAUACCAGGCGUCAUCGACCUAUUAUUAGGGGCCGAUUUUUGGGGUCUCAUCUUGGAAGGAGACAUCAUUCGUGGUGGGCAGAACGAACCUCAUGCUCAACUUACGCGCUUGCAGUCAUAUCGUGCUCAGAUUUUGGAAGAUAGUCGUUUAGAUGCAAUUUUGAGUAACUUCUGGAAGCUCGAAGAUGAGCCUGCGGGCACUGAGACUGUUGAUGACGAGAGCGAGCUGAUAUUUUCGAAGACACACACGCGUACUCCGGAGGGCCGCUACAUGGUACGCCUCCCGAUACGGGGUGAUGCCUCAGAGCUGGGCGAUUCAUAUUAUAAUGCCGUACGACAGUUUCAUCAUUUGGAGCGCCGGCUGACGGUCGAUAAAGACAUGCGUGAUAAAUAUAUAGAGUUCAUGAGGGAGUACAUCGAAUUGGGUCACAUGGAACCCGUGGAUAACCCAGGUGAUCACUCCCGUACAUACUACAUUCCGCAUCAUGCGGUGACAGAGAAAUUCCGCGUCGUUUUUAACGCAUCGGCGCGAACUUCUAAUGGCGUCACGCUUAACGAAAUACAAUUGGUGGGACCCAGUCUUCAAGACCCUUUGAUUAACAUUAUACUUCGCUUCCGGAGAUACCCCGUCGCUCUUACGGCGGAUGUGGAAAAAAUGUUUCGUCAAGUUUUGGUAGCUCCAAAGGACCGAGAUCUACAACGAAUUCUUUGGCGAGAAGCACCGGCCGAGGACAUAAGAGUAUAUCGUCUUAAAAAUGUGACAUAUGGAAUGGCAUGCAGCCCGUACAACGCGGUACGCUCAUUAAAUCAGUGCGCGAUAGACAAGUACAAUCGGGUGAGUGAUCAUAAUCAGGCCAUAACCGCACGUAACACCAUACUGUCUUCAUUUUACCUGGACGAUUUUCUCACAAGCUGUGCUGAUACUCAGGAAGCAAUUACCUUGGCGAAUGCGGUGGAUACGAUUCUAUCAUCUGGAUGCUUCAAACUACGUAAGUGGAAUUCGAACAGGUCAAUGGUUCUUCAGCAUUUCAUGGACUCCCCAUUACCUGCGGAGCGAGAUAUCGACGCCCCUAUAGCAACCGUGCUGGGUCUACGUUGGGAUCCAGUUACAGACGAUUUGCUCUUUAAGGUCGCGUUCAAUAAUGCGUAUCUAAAGCUCCAAGAGCGAAGAGGGAAUCGUGGAAGUACUUUGCGGCAACGCAAUGAGGCCACGCAAUGA